AUGAUUCGUCUAGGUAAUGUGACCUCAAAUGAGAAGAUUUACUCUGACAACAUCACUCGAAUUCUGGAUCGACUUUUAGAUGGUUAUGACAAUAGACUGCGACCUGGAUCUGGAGGUGGCAUUACAGAAGUGAAAACCGACAUCUUUGUCACAAGUUUUGGACCUGUUUCCGAUGUUGAGAUGGAAUACACCACAGACAUGUUCUUUCGACAGAUGUGGGUUGAUGAGAGACUGAAAUUUGAGGGGCCCAUUGAAAUCCUGCGGCUGAACAAUCGCAUGGUAGAUAAGAUCUGGACACCGGACACCUUCUUCCGAAAUUCCAAGAAGUCCAUUUCCCACAACAUGACCACACCGAACAAGCUUUUCCGUAUUAUGCAAAACGGCACUGUUCUCUACACAAUGAGACUGACGAUUAGUUCAGAGUGUCCAAUGAAUCUUAUGGACUUCCCAAUGGAUGGUCACGCAUGCCCUCUAAGAUUUGGAAGCUAUGCCUACACCAGCAGUGAAAUCAUCUUCACUUGGAGGAAAGGCCCUAUAAAGUCUGUUGACUGUCCCAAAGAGUCCAUGAGUCUUUUGCAGUACGAUCUAGUUGGACAGACGUUGUCCAGUGAGAUUUUCAAGUCAAACACAGGUCACUACUCUGUACAGGUGGUCCAUUUCCACCUCCAGAGGAAGCUGGGAUACUACCUCAUCCAGACAUACAUUCCACUUAUCAUGGUUGUCGUGCUGUCACAAGUGUCCUUCUGGAUCAAUAAGGAGUCCGUCCCUGCGCGAACAGUCGCCGGCAUCACCACAGUGCUAACAAUGACCACCCUCAGCAUCAGCGCCCGCCAGUCACUCCCCAAAGUGGCCUACGCCACAGCCAUGGAUUGGUUCAUCGCUGUGUGUUUCGCCUUCGUGGCCUCGGCUCUGAUCGAGUUUGCUGCAGUCAACUACUUUGCCACACUGGAGGCCAACAGUUUGAAGAGGAAGAAAGCCCGACAAGACAAGCUGGAGGUUUUGGCUACUGCCAGUGACGAUGACGACACAAUUUCGUCCAACAUCAGCAAUCAAGAAGGCCUAAAGAGGAGAAACCACUCAGUCUGCCGCAGUGAAGCGACAGAGGUGCCGGCCGUGCCGAUAUUCCUUCAGCAGGGUUCGGCUUUCCCCCAAAUUCCACAGCUGGCCGGCACAAGUCCCAUCGACAAGUACGCCCGCAUUCUGUUCCCAUUGACGUUUGGCCUCUUCAACCUUGUCUACUGGUACAUUUACCUGGCCAAGGACACUAUGGAAAGAGCCAGGUACGUACAUUCUACAACUAAUAUCGAUGCUAGCAAGAUUGAACUAUACCUGUAA